GUUGACGAUGCUGCUGCUGCUGCUUCAUCACCGGACUGCGGCACUCACAUGAGGUCAUUUGCGAAUUCGCUCCACUCCACUCAAAACCACUCCCAAGCUUCAACCUACCACCAUGGCCCAACCUCAGCUCAAGCUCUCCUACUUCGACGGCAAGGGCCGCGCCGAGCUCUCGCGCAUGAUCUUCAACUACGGAGGCAUCGCCUUCACGGACGACCGUAUCGCGCGCCCUGACUUCGUGGCGCUAAAGCCGACGCUGCCCUUCGGCCAGGUGCCCGUCCUCGAGCUGGAUGGCACGGUCUAUGCCCAGAGCAUGGCUAUUGCUCGCUAUGCCGCCAAGCUCGCUGGCCUGUACCCGAGCGACGCGGUCGAGGCUCUGAAGGCUGACGUGUUCUCGUGCUCGCUGGGCGACCUCGAGGGCCCCUUCAUUGAUUUCAUGUUCAAGACGCCGGAUGAGGCCGAGAAGACCCAGAAGAAGAAGGUCUUUAUCGAAGAGACAGUGCCCAAGUUUUUCGCCACGCUCGAGAAGAUGGUGGCGGGCAAGUUCAUCCUGGGGGACGAGCUGUCGUACGCCGACUUGCAGUUCCUCGAUAUGGUAGACAACAAGCUCAUGUGGGCGUUCCCAGAUUUCAAGGUGGAAAGCUUUCCCAAGCUCUCCGCGCUGCUGAGCAAUGUCAAGGCGGAGUCCAAGAUCGCCGCCUACCUGUCGAAGCAGUAAAUUCACCGUAGCGGCCACGGAUUAGCCCCCC